UUUGACCUGGUCUGUGAGCGUGACUCUCUGGCCAAACUGAGCCAAACUCUGGUCAUCGCUGGUCAAGGAAUCGGGGCUGUGCUCACCACCAUAGCGAGUGACCGCCUGGGCAGGAAGGGCGUGGUGGCUGGCGUGUUCACCUACAACUCCGAGCUGUUCCCCUCCCAGCAGAGGCGGCUCAACGUCAUGUCCGGCAUCCUGGCCUGGGCUCUGUCCGCCAUGCUCAUCUCCCCUGUGGCCUACCUGUGUCGACGCUUCUCCUGGCGUACCACGCAGAUGGUCUACUCCACCGUGUCGGUCAACGCCAUACUUCAGAUCUGGUAUUUUACAAAGCAGCAGCCUCGGCCCAAACCUCCAAACACAACAUGGAAGACGAUUUGAAGAAAACCAUGCAAGAAGACACGGCAGAAAAGCUGACAUUGUUGGAUCUGUUGAGAGUGAAGCGAUUGUUCAUCAACUCUGUGGCAAUCUGGUUCGCUUGGUUUGGUCGGAGACCCACAACAGCCUUGACCUUCGUGCUCCUAAGCGGGGGCCUCCUUGUCCGAGGCAUUUUGAGGUCCUUAGAUGGAGCCAGGCCUUAGGCGUGUCGUCUUUUGUAGGCCGUAUAGGAGGAAUGUUGGCGCCGUUCACAAGUGUUCUGGCGGACCAAGUGAAAUGGGGCCCUGGGGUUCUCAUCGGGGGUUGUGCGUUUAUCGUGUGCCUGCUGUUUGUGAUACUUCCGGAGACCAACGGGAGGGAACUGCCGCAAACUGUGGGGGAUCUGCUCAAGUGGUACAAGCCGGACGACAAGACGACGGACGCAGAGAAGGGCAAGGGGGAGAAUCCAGAGGAAAAGUACCAAGUUCAGGGCUCUUCAACUCAGUGAUGACACUCUCUGUCUCUCUCUCUGUCUCUGUCUGUCUGUCUGUCUG